AGCACACAAAUGACCCUACCUCAAACCGCCAGCCUACCAGCCAGCCAGCCUACACACUACGCCUUCAACCCUCAACCGCCACCCCCACACCUACCUACACCCAAACCCUCACACACGCCCAGCAACAUCUCUCAACCACACGCUCACGGCCGGGUCUGGAUUCCUUUGGCGUGGACACCGUAAGCUGGUCAGCUCGUCGCUAGAAGUAGAAUAGCUGAAGCCGUCCGCAAGUCAUCCAGCGCGUGCAUAUGUCAAGUCGAACAUAAGGUGGGAGCAGUGAGCGAGUUAAUGCAUUCCCAGGACUACAAGGCAAGGGCAUGUCGGGCCUACCUACCAAGCUGAGCUUCCUCUGCAGUGUAGAGUCAGUGCGGGCAGAACCGCUGACGGCAGCUGGCUGAGGCCCGUCUACUUACGAAUACCUACCUACUGAGGAUCUACC